AUGGACAACGCUCUGGCUCCGCUCGCCGAUUACUUCUGGAUCGCGGGUAUAGAACACAUUUCUUACCAGGAUUUCCCGGUACCCAACACAUCGACGGUAGAGACGACUAUAGAAGAAGAUGGAGAAAACGACGAGGAGUUGUAUAAACGUGAUUCCAAUGUCGGCCCCGCAAACAAGGUCAUUGCUCGGCAUUCACGCCAAAAUUCAGGCAACCGGCUUUCGAAAGCGUCCCUGAAGACUUUGGAGGAGGUCGACGGCAACACAAGGAGUAAUAGGAGUAGUGCUACUAUACGACCAAACCCACCUCCUGGCGGCCUUGGCAUCACAUUACAAGAUGGUAUCCCCGGUUUCUUGCAGGACUUCGACUUUGACGAAGCCCUUUUCAAAUUCGCCGCCGAGAGGGAGAACUUCCUGGAGGAUCUCAGUUUCACAGCAGGUGCCAACACCAAGGCGAGACCGCCCAUGGUCAACCCUAGAGCUGAGAGGAUCAAAGCCGACGAAAAUGGGAGAAUGAGCCCGUUGAAGAAUCUCCGGGGUAGUAUUCGGGGGAGUAUACGACGGAAAAUCAGCUUCAGGGACAUGAAUAGUGUGCGGAAACAGCCUACACCUUCGAAACCUGCUUCCGUGCGGACUUCCAAGAGACUAAGCAACUACAAUUCUGUUAUUCCACCCCCUGAACCACUCAACCUCGACCCAGACAUGCACCCCUUGAAGCGACGUUUUGAGCCCGAGCUACUCGACAGAUAUCCCCCACGAAACGCCACGGAGGAUCUCGCCAAGAGAGGAAGAUUCCCUGACUAUGUGCCCAUGUUUGCCUUCCCGAACGACAUUCAGAUUGUAUCUGCCGACGACCGGCCAAGAUCGACGUGGCACGGCUUUACGAUGACCUCUGACGACAAUUCUAAGAUAUAUGGCGUUACCGUUAUUGUUUGGACCGCCGUAGCGGCGAAUAUCGCCGAGGACAUUGAACGGAGAUGCGAGCGCUGGAGGCAAAGCCACAUGAGUGGUGAAGAGAGAGAGCUAGCCACGAGUCUUGGCUCGAGACUUGCGGCUGAAAGGGCACAUCUCUCGCAGCUGCUCGCAAAACUGUCCACUGUACCCUCCGGCUCGAGGGAGCGAGACAUGAUGGAUGACAAGAUCAGCACAGUGGAGGAGAAGAUCAGUCUUAUGACGGAGAUGCUCAGACCCCUGAGACACGGGGCAGCUUCCAAGAUCGACGGACUGACCGCUGGUGAGAGCGGUCUAUGGAUUCCACGAGCUUUUGGCAUCCUUGGGAGGGACCCUACCCGUCUGACCUUUUGGAAGGAUUGGCUUAGAGCAGUGGUGGUGCCCAUGAAUGAUGGUGCAAUCCUACGAGUCCCGCCUACCUCGCCCCGUAUCGGGCGUUGGCAACCCUUGGAACGAUACGUCAUCAACCUCUGCGCAGAGGCGUUCAGUCCACUCAGUUCCAAAACCCAGGUCGAAAUCAGUGUUCGCGAACUGCGCCUCUAUGCUCGAAAAGAAGCGGAGAACGAACUCCCGGGUGCUCGCAACACUGAUAUAUAUGCUCUGUUUAGGUGCUUGUCGCUCGAGAACAUCGUGGCUCUAUUCGAGUAUACCCUAUCUGAGUCAAGAAUCAUCUUCCUAUCAUCUCACACAGCCAUGCUUCAUCUGGCUUGCCACGCGCUCGUCAGCCUCCUGUACCCCCUAAAAUGGGCCAGCAUCUUUAUUCCAAUCCUACCCGCAAGGCUUCUGUCAGCCCUCGAUGCUCCGUGCCCUUACAUUGUCGGCAUCGAGCGAAGGUACGAGAACGUGGAGCUGCCCGAUGAUGACUACGUCUUAGUUGACCUCGACAAAGACACUAUUGAUGCUACAUCACAGCCUGUACGCCUUCCUAAGCAGCAUCGACGCAAACUGAUGUCGCUGCUACAACUGGCUGCUCCUCAUGCACUUAGAUAUGGUGUUGCUACUGGCCCACCUCCUUACGCCAUGGAGUCUUUUCCAUACGACUCCUUCUCAGCUGAGUUUGGGUCCAUCUUCACGGAGAGAACCGCGCCAAGCACGCUUGGCAAAUGGGUUGCCCAGAACUCGUCUACAUUCGGAGAGCCAGACGACACUUCUUUACCGCGAGCUCCUAUUUUCAACACAUUUGCUCACGCAAAACCUGGCACUGCGGAACGUCCUACCACGAGCAAGUCCAACAAGACUAGUAGUCCACCAAACUCAGUCUCACCGACCUCUGUAUAUUUCCCAGCGUUACCUGCCACCCCGAUCUCCAGGAAUGACUCUGGCUAUGCGCUUAAUGCCACGUUGCGUGAGAAGCGAUCCGGCACGUUCGAGACGAAGGAAAGACGCAGCUCCUCGUUUGGGCAAGGCCCAAUCGUCCACCGCCCGGGGGUAUCAUACUUGAAUGGACACCAGCAGAACAUGUCCAUUUCAGCCAUCUCCGUCGACUCUAAAUCAUCUUAUGGUGGAUAUGCUCCAUCAACAUACGCUCAAUCGACAAUCGCCGCGUCAACUAUCAUGCCGAACAUGCUGGUUCAGCCAGUCAAGAACACUGAGACAAUUGUCUGGGUGGAAGGUCACAACUUCAACUUUACUGCCCACGACAGCUUUUCUACCUGCUCGGUGUGCGACGAACGAGCUGAAGGUGAUGGCAUUUACAAAUGCUCAGGAUGCAUGGCAGUCUCACAUGGACGCUGCUUGGGCUGUGUUUGUCUAGUUUGCCCGGCAGCCUUCAGUGCCGACAAGGUUCGCGCCUCGUUCGUUCGUUGCCUUGCCAGUAUGUUCUACACAUAUAGAAGAUAUAUGGGACGUCCUACAAGGGAUCAGAAGAAAAACGGACAAAUGUAUGCUUUCGACAUGAAUGGAUUCAUCAAAAGCCUGCCAUAUGACCAGCAGGAGUACGCUACUAUGCUCAAAGAAACGCAAGCAUUCAAUGAAUUCAUACAUGAACGCGAAACGCAGCCUGGCGCGUCGCCAUCAAUUCGGCUUUUCGAUGAGAUCAUCCUCGCUAAGAAAGCGCGUGGCAAAACCGGGUUAUCCGGAUUGUCUCGACUUUCCACCUUGAGAGCGUCUCACGGAGUGUCCCAGUCAAUGCCAGGGAUACAGAUUCCGAGCAGGCAUAGCAAAAUGCAGGGUUACCUAAAUGAUACGGAAGACCAUAUUUGGAGAACCGCAUCGGUGCCAGUCCCUAAUGCCAAGUUUGCCGGCGACUACCGUGAGGUGACCACACGUGUCCCUACCAAACUCGACGUCUCAUUCAUGAAGGAACCCAGAGCCAUCGCAGGCGUGCCGAGGGCUGAGCCACGCAAGAAGGGCUUCUUGAGGAAACAAGUCCCGAGUAUGAUGAUGCUGGGCGGUUCUACACCAGUAUCUCCCAUCUCACCAGACGGAUCAGCUUGA